AUGUCGGCCUGUGCUAUCAGACCCCAGCAGAUACUGAAACGAGAGUUGUCGCAGCGGGAGUAUGAGUUUCUACAGGAAUGGGCACCUGAAUCCCUGAAGGAGUACACCCUCCCCACGGGCAGUCCUCCCAUGAACAGGAUGCCCCAGUACCAGACAAUGCCCAGCCAGCCCCAAGGCCUGAGCCCCCGACGCCCUAAGGUUCGAUCCUCAGUCUACGAGGAAUGGAAGUCUCAGACUUCGCACGGCAAGUCUGUGAACGAUUCUCCGCCCAUGCCAGCGAGCAUGGAGAACAAAGCCGACGCGACUGUUUCUCCUAGCAAGAAUGCCAGAGCCAAUAGCAAACAGCCUGGCAAGCCAUCAUCUCCCGUGGACGCAGAGCCUCGUCAUCAGGAGCCGCCUCGUCCUCAGCAGCCCAUCAAGGCCAUGGUCCCUAACGGCCACUACGCGAAGCCUACAGCGAGCGCCAACAGCCGCUCUAUGACAAGCCCAGCCGCCAAAGUAGCAUCUAAAGCCGGUGACCAACCCCACAAGAACAAGGGGACGGUGCCAUAUCGGAGACCACCUCAAGAUGUCCUGGUUUACACUGCUCCAAAUGGCUACCGGUUUCGGAGAGAUGAGUUGUCAAAAGCGUCCCUCGGGAUCAAGCAUCCCAACAAGCUUACGGUUUAUUUCCGGCCAAACUUUGUCGAGGACCCGUGGAAGGGCUUGAAGCCUGUUCUGAUUAAGCCCAAUCAGCAUUGGUGGUGA